CUAGCUACCAGCUCAAUUCGGUUUCAACUACGAUACCCUCAAGCUCACCGGUCAACCGUUCUCGACAAGCUAUCUUCCGUGGCUCUCUAAAAAAUGGACUUAUUACACUGGAGAAAGGACGAGAGAAGUGCCUUGGAUAUCAGAAGAGACUACAACUCACGAAUCCAGAGGUUCUUCCAACAGGUGGAGGUCAAUCUAGAUUCUUUUAUCGGCGAGGGGGACUCUCUGGAGAAGCUAUUCCGAUGGAGCGCCAGCGUCAACAGCGCGAGACGAUAUCUCAGUAAUCGCCUUUCCACUGAACAGAGGAAUUGCGAUAUUGCUGAGGAGGAGCGGGACAGGUUAAGGGCCCAGCUUCAUGAAGCAAACCAAGAACUAUGCGGCCUACACAGCGAAAUCAAACAGUUGGUCCUGGAUCAUUCCGAUGCACUUGAUUUUGAGAAAGCAGCCCGCAGGAACGAAGUAAAUAAAAUCAAGCAGGAGUACAAGGACGAGACGAAUAGACUAAAGGGACAGCUCCUUGUGAACCAGGACGAUUUCAAGCGAUGGCCAGACGACAAACUCAAGAGCAGGUUCAAGGAGUUACAGAUACUGAUCAGUAAUAUCACUGAUCCGGGCAGAGUUGAACUGCGAGUUCCAAGAGGUCGGCCACUCGAUAUCGAUUUCGACCCGACUGGAUUUUUAGCUCGCGCUGGUGGGGAGAGGGCGCAUGUGCUGUUCAAAAGCAUCAUCUGGGUGAUCCUUGACGAGCACUUCUUCUCCUUACCGUAUGGCUUUGGAGUUCUCGGCCCAGCGACACCAGAAAAUACACUAUUAGGGGCAUAUGGAUCGUGGUAUACUGCUCUAGGAGGGAAAGUUGAACCACUUCCUUGCAUUGCCGAAGGCCUCAAAGUCUUCCACACUGACCAACUGGCAAACGGCUGGAGGUCCGCAACCUUCCAAAGCCUCUACUCAGCUAUCGUCAGUCCAACAGCCUCCAACGCCACCGCAGCCCAAAGCUCUGCGAACAUUGACGCGGCGGUGAAGCGAAUAUCUCAAUUGUUCACGGCAGCCUCGCAGUAUUUCUCCAACCCGUCUCCAAUACAAGAUCCUGAAAUCCUCCAAGCAGCGAGACUAGCGCGAGAUAUCGCUGUUCAGUUUGGUGUGCAUCCCGCUCACCUACGGCUUGUGAUACCUCAGCAUACCGACCGAGUGCAGAUUGGAAGCAACUACCACGAUUAUCGUAACGGACCAAGUGACAUCGGAUCUCUGGUUACAGUAGACUUGGUGACACUGCCAGGUUUGCAGAAAGUCGGGAAUGGGAGGGGCGGUUUGCAGGGUGUCCUGACAAUUGUACCUUGUGAAAUCUGCACUCAAACGGACGCGGAAUAGGCCGCUUUACUCGGCUGGCUUCAUUAAACGGUUUCGUAGGCCGUGCGACAGGAGCCCGGAAGUUCCAAUUGUGGAGCCUUGAUGAUGGAUAAGGACUCCAUAGAUGUUGGGAAUACCUACGUACGGCCUAUCCUAGUUCAAUUGUAGGUAUGGUGCGUCCAAGAGAGUGGUGGGUUUUCCUGACAUUUCCUCGUCAAUAUUGUUUCUAGACAACAGUCCGAGAAGCAAAUCAUCGUUUGAUAUUAGAUAUCCACAGAAAAGAGGCUCCAUAUUGUGACUAUAUUUCUGCUUUGACCGGAGCAAACCAGAGGCAAGCAGUACUGGAACUGAAGCGGCAUUAACCACCUAUCCUUCUGAAAAUUUGUCCAAUCUCAGGCAUGGACUAUCAAGAUGCCGUUUAUGCAAUUAUGUUUACUUGUAAUACAUUUUUUUAGCAAAAUACACGGAAAUCAGUAGAUCAUGC